ACUGCUCUAUUCUUUCUCUAUUUUUCUUUGUGUACACAUGUUCUGUAAUCUUUUCAUUUACUAUAAGACAGACUAUUUUUUUAAAAGUAACUAAAGAUGCCCUAAUAAUUAGAAUAAUGUGGCAUUUCCCAUGUAUUUAAAAAAAUCUUUUGGGGACAAGAAUCUUUAAAAGGAAACGUUUUUGGGAUUUUGCCAUUUUAAAAUAAAAUAGCAAAGAAAUAUUUCACAAAAGACAACAUUUUCCCACAUGUGAGCUGAUUUUUGACACGCAAAUCUGGCAACCACACAGAUCAGUGCAGGUAUCUUGUGAUUCGGUGACGAUGGUUUCCAUGACGACGUUGCGUAAGCGUAAACGCUUGUCAAACAUCAAAGUCAUUUUACGCGUUUUAAGACGUUUACAAAACAAAUAUUCAGUCAACCAAGUUAGCAGGAAGUCCUCGGAAAUGAAUGGCAUGUAUUUCGUCACCGUAGUGUGUUUACACUGGCAAAAAUUAGUUAGCUGAUGUUGCUAAGUUUGGGUGCUAACAUAGUUAGCAGCAGUGGGUUCAGAAGACACGAAAGAAGCGGGGCAGCAGAGAUGUCCAGUCCCAGUCUCCCUCCUCUCAGCCACCUUCCUCGAUGGACGCGUGUCGGUCGUCUGAGAAAACCUUUGUCUCCACGAUCUUUACCGUCCAAGCAGCAGUUUCCUCCUCCUCUACCUCCGCCUCUUCCUCCCCCUGCUCCUCUUACUUCUAUCCCUCUGAACCAAACAGCGGUCAAAGGUGAGGACAGAGCAGCCGAGGCUCAGCACCUGUGUCCGGAUACAGAGUGUGAGCCACGCGUCGCUUCCCUGCAGAGAAACAUCCAGUUCCUGCAGCAGCAGCACCAGGACACUCUGCAGAGGCUUCAUGCGGAGAUAGAGCACCUGAGACGGCAGAACAAAGAUCUGCACUAUAAACUGAUAAUGGAGCCCCCCAGGUUGAGUAGAAAAGAGCCGAUGCAAAGUCAACGCAGCCUCAGACCCCUCACGCAUGGAAGGGGGGCUCACAAUGAGUUCUACCUGGAGGAGCCGCUGCAGGACAUACAGUCCUCACAAAACCGGACUCUGAGAACCUUUGGAGGAAGCGGUGAUUUUUCAGAGUCCAACAGACAGAACUGUGGUCCAGACAUGAAUGGAAGCCGCAUCACUUCAUUGCAGCCUCUUCAAAUCCACAGUGACCCCUCCUGUCCACCACGAGCUCCCACACUACAGGAGUGUGAGGUUAUCAUCCGGCAGCUGUACAAUGCUAACAGUUUACAGUCUCAGGAACUCCUACGUGUGAAGGCCGUGCUCAGAGAUAUUGUCCUGAGCAGAAAGAUCUCACCAGAAAACUAUAGCCUGACCAAGGGCUACCUGGUCGACAGUCCAAGCAAAUCCGAGGAAAAGUCAUGUCCAAAACUUAGACUGCAAACUUAUCCAGGAUUGAGGUCUGGACCUCCUCAGUCUGGAAUCAUUCUCCCAGCCCUUAAGCAAAGCCUGAGUCCAACCGUAGCAGAGAGACAGCGUAGAACUCGCACUCUGCAGAAAGACCGUUUUAAAAGGACUGCACUGAAUUAAAACCAAAUAAAUAAGAAUUACCAGCAUCCUCCUCAGGACCCAGGUUUUUAUGGUCCUUAAAAAAAGCCUUAGUCACAAGAACUGAUGCAAGUAAGUAUAACAAUAAAAAACUGGAGAUAUUUUUUGUUUGAACAACUUGACGGUUUUUGUAAAGAAGUUAAAAUUAUGUUCUAAUUUAAAUUUUUGGUUUUGAAAAAUAAAACCAAAACAGAAAAACAUAAUUCCAGACCAUUAAGUGAGGGAGGCAUCCAUAUGGGCCAGAUUUCGAGAAAAAAAGUCUUGUCUUUGUAAUGCAUUGAUUCCCAACCUUUUUUUGGCUUGUUACUCCCUUUGUAACAUCACAAAUUUCUCACGACAUUUUGAUUUUAUUCAUGAAAGUGAAAUAAUAGUUGUUUAAGAUUGUGUGUGUGUGUGUAUGUGUGUUAUACACAUAUUGUAUGUUUUCAAUUAUCAUUUUACAAGAAUAAUAAUUAGUUGAAAAAAAAUAUUUUUAUCAGUAAUGUUUUUUAUCAAUUACCUGACAUGUAAGGCAACCCCAUUUGUAGUCUAGGUGAUCCCAUGUGGGACCGUGACCCCAAAGUUGAAAUACACUGAUGUAAUGACUAUGCACUUCCAUGCAAACACACGACCAAUACAAUAAACUUAUGGUAUUUUUGCUUAAUUUUACAUCAAUAUUCGUAAUGUCUCCUUACAGUGCAACGGUGGCUAGUUUGUUCAUGAUGUCAGAGAAAUGUAGAAAUGAUCUAGAAAUGAUUGCAUCUAAAGUACAGCCUGGCUGUCUUGGAUUUUUCUGUUUAGAUUCAGACUUAGAAAUAGAAAGAGGGCAUAAAACAUUUCUUUACUAAUAUAUUUCCAUUUCAAGCCUUUGUCACCCCAACCUACUGUAUAUGCAUAUCUUUAAUUUGGAUAUUCUCAAGUAGUGUUUGUAAUUACAAGACACAACGACAGUUUAAUCUAAUUUUAAGUCUUUGUUAUUCUACUAGCCUCAAAGACCUGUUUGUAUUUAUGUAUUUAUUUCAUCACCAAAAACAGAACCAAAAGCUCACAACGGCCAUUUGCACAUUUAAAUAUGAGUUAUACAGUCAGUAUUACAAAUUAUUUAUAUAUUCAAAUGUGUACAUAUUUGAGUUUUAGGAAAGUAAUCAUAAACUUUUGGUCCAGUUUGAGACUUUUGGGUAUUGUUCUUUUACAGAACUCUGGAUUUCAAGCUCACAAAUCAAAUUACCAUAAAAGUUUAGAUAAAUGUUCCGAUGCCUUAGCUGCAGUAACAUUUCUGUUGUACUCAGUCGCAGUGUGGUUUAAUAAAUUUCAACAUUAAAACGCUUUAUGUUUUCAGUUAUAUGGGGAACAUGGUUGUAAAAGGAAGUACAGCGUCAGUAAUCUGUGAAAGUAGACAUAUUCAAAUUCCCCUAGCCUGGUUUAAAAACAAAACCUGACAAAAAAUGUCUGAUUGUGCAACAUUGAGUGCAGAGCAGGUUGAGAACUGCAUAGAGCCAGACUGGGCAGAUCAUUCCUGGAAUUAACUUGGCUCUGCUUCCUACACAGACCUUAGGGAAAGUGUUUACACUGCUAUUUAAGUUUGUAUUUAAUGUGCUCUGUUGAUUAAUGCUAAAUUACAUUAACCAGUCACAUCUGUUUGUUCAUCAGAGGCCCAUGUUGUGCAGACAUUUUCUGAAUGAAGACAUAAAUUCAAAUUUCCUGAUUGACAAUUCCUGCAAAAUUUGAGCUGCAUUCAAUUGCAUUGUCUUUAAAAAAGCACCUUAAAAUUAGGGUGUUGCAUUUGUUGCAUUUACCAUAACUAGCUUUAUACUAAGAUUGUUCUUUGGACUUCACCUUUGAAGUAAGUUUACUGCAGCUGGUGGAUGUUGAAACCAGAAUAUUUAAGAUGAAUUUGUAUUGCAUUAUUCAGCUUGUAUUCAGUUAACCCUACAUUUUAGAGAGACACACGAUAACUAUAAUUGUGCAGAGAUUACUAAUAAAUUAAUUAAACACACAAAUUAAAUAAGAAUACAGAAACAAUAUACCUUCCAAAAAUAACCUAAAAACAGUUUUGCUAUAGGUUUGUACCUUUUGACUCAGGUUUCCAGGAACUGUCUUGCCUUGAUUUCAGUUUUAGUAGAAAAUUAACUGACCAGUAGUUCUUCUUUCACAUCCUGUUAAAUAUUUAUCUAUAAAUCCUCUCUGGGUCUUAUCUUUUCCCUCCACUUAGCAGAUCCAUCUUCUUCAUUCUCUGUCCAUAAUAUCCACCAUAACAAACAACAAGAGUCCCAGUUGAAAGAAAAAUUACACUUUAAGAGUUUCUCUUGCCCCACUAGAUGGAGACCUUCCUUUGUUUCAGGUCACACCCAGUCAUGCCACAGUCUUCCACAAAACCUCAGACAUUUUUUAUCCCCCACAUAACAGGCGCAAAGUAAUACUUUUCAUACUUUGUGGCAAUGUAAUCGGAACAGCCUACAUGAUCCCAGUGUUCCUUUUCUGACAAGAUGUCAAACAAUAUGCCUGUCAGUGUCAGUUGUUUUGCUUCAAACUCAUGCAGUAAAAACGGGGCUUUUGUUCGUUUUGUGUUCAGUCCUAAUUUGUUGCAUCACUGUGUCUUUGUGGAAUUGUGGGAAUUGGCAAGUAUUAGCCACCAAGUCCCAGUGGGUGCAGAUCUAUUGAAAUUCAGACAGUGUUGCAGUGCUGGUGAGGGAAGCUCGGUGCCAGCUGCAGCCUCAGGAGCCUGGGUGUCUAAAACUUCCACUACUAGAGGAACCGAUACACAGUUUUCUACUGCCAUCAGUACAAAUAAUGCCACAUCUUUGCAGAUUCCGACACCAAAGAUUUGGGUUUUUAUUUUAUUUUUUUGUAUCUUUAUUUCUAUGAAUGACUCUUAUCUUUGGUGGUGCUGUGCUCUGCAUUUUAAUUUAGCCUCUCUUCUGUCAGGAUAUUGUAUUUUGGCUUGGUCUGCCCCAAACUGUUGUGUCACGGUUGUCGGUGGUGAGCCAGAUAAUACAUAUUUGUAUAAUGAGAUUGAACAGAGAGAAGUUGGAGAGAAACAGGAAAUGAAAAUAAGGAAAUAUAUGUUUAAGGCUUUUUAUAAACAUGACAUUAAAUACCUUGACAGUUUAAGUCUGACUAAUUUCUUUGGUAUUUUACACCCCAAAAACAGUUAUAGAGAAAUAGAUGUAAAUUUAACUGUUGCAAUAAUAGUUUGAUUUUAUAAUUGUUUUGUGCUCCUGAGUGUUUGAUCAGGUGAAUAUUGUGAAUACACAAUAUGCACUCUUGUUAAUAUAUUACUCUUACUACUUUAAUAUAUUACCCGUUUUUAAAUAACAUGUUUUAUAAAUAACAUUAUUAUCAACAAUAAUUGUAGUUCACACCAUUAAUGUCUGUUUCAACAAUGUAUUUAUAAGUGAAGAAGAGCCGAGCAAAUUAGACAUAUUUUAGUUUUUUUGUUGUUUUUUUUCCCUUUUAACUAAACAAGUUGACUUUCCAGCCAGCCAAGUCGCCCCCUGGCGACUUUCUGCUGCAUCCGGAUGUUUUCACUACUGAUAAAAACGUUUUCUUGCUGUACCAUGAAAAUUCGAAGAAAUAAUAGUUUCCUCAAACUCGUUGGUAGGUUUUGAGUGUUAAGUAUAGAGGGUCAUACGUCAUCACCCACCCAUCACUUCCCUCCCAUCGACACCCCUCCCAUCGACACCCCCUCCUCUCGCCCUGUAGUCCGUGACGUACUGAUAGAGAGCGGGACCUGCCCUCCCGUCGCCAUUUUUCGGUUCUGUACUCAUACUUCUUGCGGCGCGGGUGAGUGGGACAGGAACAGAAAAGAAGGGAAGUUUAUACCCAAAUAACGCAUUUUACGGAUUGGAAUUGUCCGUGAGAAGUCGGAAAUGCACGCGACAGCCACGAAGCCGCCUUCUGGCGCGUGAGAGAUGCACGCGCGGGACCCGAGCCGCUGCCGCGAGACAAUUUUUUGUGUGAAGACGUGUUUCUGUCCGCCAUUUUUUCGGCUCCGCUGCCUCCAAAGUCUGCCCGGAAAAGUCAAGAAAAGGGGACUCAAAAACGCAUUAUCCGGACGCGUGCCUUACU